UGUGGGGGACUGCUGCUCCUUCAACACAGCUGAUCAGCUGCACACCUGCAACUGGAUCAGGAGUCACCUGGAGGAGCAUUCAGACACAUGCUUACCCAAACAAGACGUCUACGAGACAUACAGAAGAUAUUGUGAGAUUCUUCAACAUCGCCCUCUCAGCGCCGCUAACUUCGGGAAGAUCAUUCGAGACAUUUUCCCCAACAUCAAGGCUCGCAGGCUUGGAGGCAGAGGGCAGUCCAAGUACUGCUACAGCGGCAUCAGGAGGAAGACUGUGCUCAACAUGCCUCUGCUGCCCAACCUGGACCUGAAGAACGACCCGGCGGAGCUGACGGAGUUGGUGCAGACGUAUAAACAGGAAGUGACGGAGGCGGCGUGCGAGCUGAUCUGUGAUUGGGCGCAGAAGAUCCUGAAGCGCUCGUUCGACACGACGGUGGAAAUCGCCCGAUAUCUGAUCCAGGAGCACAUCGUGAACCCUCGCUGCAGCCAGGCUGAGCUGGUGACCUCCGCUGCACUCGCAGGAGGUCCAGCCAAACCCCACAAAGUCAUCAAGAAGACGGUGAUUUCUAAAGCAGACAGCGAAGGAGCAGCUGAUCACAAGAAGGACUUCGGCGACUCUUCUUCCUCGUCUUCUUCACUGAGGCCUGGAGACAAAUCAGCUGCAGCAGUGAAGCCUCUGGACGCUCCUCUUCCUCCUUCAUCCUCCUCUUCCUCAUCUCUGCGGCCUGCGGUGGAGGCCUUCAUGAAGCAGUUACCCAGAAUCCUCCCCCGCUCUUCCCUCCCCGAUAAGACUCACCUGUCUGUUAGCUCCUCCCCCUCUCUGUUAGCUCCUUCCCCCUCGCUGGCUCCCAAAGACCCCCCAGGUGUGGGAGGAGCUUCGGCCCCCGGAGGUCAGGUGAAAGUCAUCUCCAUGGGGGGCGGGGCUCUUCCAGUGAUGAUCCUCCCACAGAGCGUCCUGACCUCCGCCGCCCCGCCACCCCCUCAGCUCUCAGCCCCCACCUCGGUGCUACAGAAGCCCCGGGGUCAAGGGUCAGGGGUCACCAAACGACCCCCCUCUGACCCGUUCCCCGCCCCCCUCCCUCUGAAAAGAAAGCGAGGACGACCCAGGAAACCGCGCCCAGAAGAAGCCCCGCCCCCUCUUCCUCCGGCUGUUCUCUCACCCAAACCCCCUCCCCCCUCUCACAUGCCAAUCAUCACCUCGGUAACGGGGGGUGUCAUCCAGCUGUUGCAGAGCGCCCCCCCCCCCCAUUGGGAGAUUCAGGGGGUCAUUCAGAAAGCCCCGAGACCAGGAAACAACAUGUUGGCUGUUCCAUCAGCUGUGCUGCCCCCCCCCACGCUGCACGAUGAUGACCAGGUGGAGAUCACCCUCACCCCCGUGGAGCUGCACCUGGACACGCCCACUUCCUAUUCCUGCGCUCCCACUUCCUGUUCUCCCCUCACAGUGAUGAAGAGGAGGGAGGAAGAGGAGGGGGGCUCUAAGGGACAAUAAUGGUGCUUUUCCACUGCAGCGCGGUUUAAGUGCCCGGCCCGCUUUUGGUUGCGUUUCCACUCGGCGUAGUUCCGGCUAGCGGAUACUUUUUCACAGUUUUCUGGCUCUCCAAAAUCUCAGCGUGUUUUCUGAAUGGAGAUCGGCUAAGCUAACGCAGACCGUCCACACUCACAACAACGGCCUACAGACAGAAAUAAACCAUACCGUGCUGAGCCGAGCGAGGCCCUGCAGUGGAAAGGCGCCAUAACUCUCUUCUAUCAGCUGUUUAACCUCACCUGGAACAUUAAGCCCCGCCCCUCUUUUGGCCUCUUUGCUCUUCCUGAUUUGGUGAAAAUCCCAGAGUGAGGAUACAUGAAGCCAAUUAAACGUUUUCAUAUUCCCUUCCUUCCCUCCUUCCCUCUUCCUUCCUUCCUUCCUCCCCUUCCUUCCCUCCUCCAUCUCCAGACUAUGUGCAGCCUCAGAUGAUUUAGAAGAAGAAUAAAGGAGUGACUAAACGAAGGAGGAAACAGGAAGUAGGGAAGGAGACACAGAAGGUACUACGGGUUGAGCCUCUCGAGGUUCCUUAGAUCUUCACCGGAGCGCCGCCUUGUGUGUGUGUGUGUGUGUGUGUGUGUGUGUGUGUGUGUGUGUGUGUGUGUGUGUGUGUGUGUGUGUGUGUGUGUGUGUGUGUGUGUGUGUGUGUGUGUGUGUGUGUGUGUGUGUGUGUGUGUGUGUGUGUGUGUGUGUGUGUGUGUGCCCCCUCAUAAGCCGCCCCUUGUGUAAAGAUGAACCACAUUCUGACUAAAUUCAGUUAUAAAUUUGAUGAGACUUUAAAGUCGGUGGAGUUUCUUUAGUGAAGGUGUUUUCAAAUGCCACCGAUUCAUAAAUAAGAGUUAUAAGAAGAGUAAAUCAUAAUUUCCCCACAAAGUUGAAACUGGAGAACAUUUAUUUAAACAUCACAGAAUAACAGAAUGAGUGGUGUUUACGUGAUUCCACUUCCACAGAGAACCCCUUAGCGACAGCAGCUCGGCCCGACGGGGUGUAACGUUUCCCCCGACUGACAUUAGCUCUUAUUAGCCCCACAGGCCCAGCAGAGAUGCAGUUUAUUAUUCAUUAUUAUAGUUAUUGCAAGUUGUUAAUGUGGCCUGAAGCAGUUUGUCUUCAUCACCAAGUGACCUGAAGAGUCAGCAUGCAGUAAUACUGAGGGAAGAGGGCCAGCCUCUGUAGCACUAGCCUAGCCUAAACCUAGUCGAGCCUAGCCUAAACCUAGUCUAGCCUAGCACUAGCCUAAACCUAGCACUAGUCAAGCCUAGCACUAGCCUAGCACUAGCCUAGCUUAGCUAUCGUUGCCAUGCUUCCUUUGCACUAGCUCCUCUGAUCAGCGAUGUGACGUCACCACGGUUUCUCUGAGACGUUAGAGUUCACUCUGUUUGAGUUGAGGGAAAUUAUGGGAUGUGUUUCGAUAAAAUGUGAGAAAAAAUAAUUAAACCAGUUCACAUGAUGCUAACCCUAUUUUGUAAAAAGAUACAAAACAUUAAAAAAAUCUGCUUUUUCAAUUUUAACUUAAAAAUAUUUGUUAAAAUUAACUAUUAGAAGUAGAAUGGAAAAUGUUUGUCUCUAUCGAAAGAUUCCCAGAAAGAGGUUAGAAACUAUCUGCCCCCAUCUUCUUCUUCGUUGGUGGACGUCGUGGUUACGCCACAUUGUUGACGUUUGUUUUUUCUGCCAAACCGCCUCCGGGCGUCUUCUUCUUCUUCGUUGGUGCUUCAAACCGCAUAUCACUGUUUCACAUCAACACUCGCACAUCCAUGUGUGUGUACAGGUGUGUGUGUCCCUCCGUCCUGUGUUUCAAAGGGACGCCAACAGUGUGAUUUCUUUGACUGUUAAAAUGACUCCUGUUGCAUGAUGGGAAAGUGAGUUUAAAGCAGCUCUGUUUAUGCUCUCUUUUUGUAUCAGAAAAACGAAGUGUCAACAUGUUGAAAUGACCGUCUUCAAACAGACCUGAAACCACUGGAGGUCCUCGGGUUCAUGGUUUCAUGGUUUUUAUGCAUCGAUGAAAUACAGUUCAGAGUUACGUGUUCGACUGCAGAGGGAAACGUUUAUCAGAGGUUCAGAAACUGGAUUUAAAGCAGAGUUUUAGUGACAGGAAACUCACCUGUAAAGCUUCAGGAAGUCCCAGUUUCAAAAGGAAGUGUCCACAACGCCAAGGAGUCCAGUCCGUCCCAGUUUGGAUCUCUCACUGGGACGGACUGGGCCAUCAGACCGUAGAGAGUCAAAGGCAGGAAGAGCCCAGCUGCUCUCAGUUUCUCUCACUGGGAGCUCUGGUUCUGGGAAUAUUUCACUGUGGAGCCUCGUGGCUCAAAAACAGAAACGGGUUAGAUAAUCAAAGAUUUAAGGAUCGGGUUUCGGGUAGUGGAGUGACCGCAUAUAGAGAACCGCAGUGACGUGUCCUAAAACCCGGAAGUAAGUUAGCAUUUUUACCACUUCCGGUUCCUUCGACAAAAAGCAACGGGAUCUCUCCGUAGGGUUUAGGAAACUAUCUGAAUAAGGUCUGUGGUUGAGACACAUUGAAGAGACGGGUCACGUUUUGUUCUAGGACAUUAAAUCAUCAGCAGAGACCCCACUGUGAUUUCUGAAGAGUGGACGUGUCUGAGAAACGAUGGUUGUUACCAAGUGGCUGAAUAGGACUACAGAAGUCGUGGAGGACGUUGUACGUCAUUACGCCGAACACGUGAACACUCCUCUAAGUUAGUUUCUGUUCUGCUUGAAAGCAAGUCCCUGCCUCCUGCAGAGUGUUCAAACGCUUCAACUCGUUCCAUCUAGAAUCUGUGUGUUUGAAUCUGGAUC